GAGGAUGCUGCGUCUGUGAACCAUUGUACCCGAGCAUAAUCCAUGCAGUGUCUUGGAUCGCAUCUCCCGGUGAUAUUUUCAGGGAUAUAAGGUGAUAUGCGCAUAGGUUAUCAAGGCUCAGGAACGCGGUAAAGGCGUUUUGAAGGUUCCCAGUGUCUGUGAAUCCGGACUAUUUUGCGCGCAGUCUUGUUCAGUCGCGUCAUCGCCGACUUCUGUUAGACGCAAAGAGAAAAAAGAAAGGACUUGAUAGUCUCCUGACUCUUAAAUUAUUCAGGUAUACCGCUUCUUCGCGCUCAACAUAUGCUCGACUCUUUGUCUUACAUCCUCCGUGCAUGAUCUUAAAACAAGAUCCCCUAAGUGGUGGUGACACGGAUGAAAGCCGAUGGCCAAGCUCCCCCAAUUUCCUCAGAAGGGGGAUGCAACCUAAAAUAACCCCGGUGCCAAAUGCUUUUUGCACAUCGCAAGGCGAGGGAGCCCUGAAUUUGUGACACGGCUUCUCUGGAGACAGUGUCCGUCCCUGUCCCCUCUCUCGGAGCCCGGACAUCGACGACUUUAAUGGCUUUUGUGUUCAGGAGAUGGAGGGUCUUACUGGUGCUGAACGUGCUCGCCGUGGCCGGUUUCAUGACUUUCUGGGCCAAGUGCAAUACACGUAGCGUCCCGGCCGUCGGUCAGGAGGCUACGGCUGAUGGGAAGAGGCCCCGGGGCAACGGGACGGCGCAGCAGGGCGCCGGCAUUAGUCAUGAGGUGCUGCUCAAGAGACUCGGCUCUCUGGAGGACGUGGUGUACAGGCAAUUAAAUGGUCUUUCUAAAUCUCUCGGCCUCAUUGAGGGCUUUGGGGGUCGAGGUAAAGGUGGCCUCCCUGCCACCCUAUCACCAGCUGAGGAGAGUGAUGCAAAAUACCUGAGGGAGAAGUAUGGAUAUAAUGCCUACCUCAGUGACAAAAUCUCUCUGGAUCGGACCAUCCCGGACCACCGUCCCAGCAAAUGCAGGAAGGUCAGCUACCCGAGAGACCUCCCCCAGAUCUCCCUCAUCUUCAUCUUCGUCAACGAGGCUCUGUCAGUGAUCCUCCGCUCAGUGCACUCAGCUGUCAAUCACACACCAGCUCACCUGCUCAAAGAGAUCAUCCUGGUGGACGACAACAGCGAUGACGAGCAACUCAAAGGACCACUGGAGGAAUACGUGAACAAGCGCUACCCCGGCCUGGUGAAGAUCGUCAGGAACCAGAAGAGAGAGGGGCUGAUCCGCGCCAGAAUCGAGGGCUGGAAGGUGGCCAGUGCCGAAGUGACCGGCUUUUUUGAUGCCCAUGUGGAGUUCACUCCUUCCUGGGCCGAGCCAAUUCUGGCCAGAAUCAAAGAAGAUCACAAGAGGAUCAUCUUGCCCUCCACUGACAACAUCAAACAUGACACGUUCGAGUUGGAGCGCUACGAGAACUCAGGCCACGGAUACAACUGGGAGCUGUGGUGCAUGUACAUCAACCCGCCCAAGCAGUGGUGGGACGAGGGCGACACCUCCGCACCCAUCAGGUGA